UGUGAAAUGUUGUGUUAGCUGGCAAAGCACUGUCAUUAGAUAAUGUAGGAGAAUAAACACCACGUUCUUAAUUAAAACAAGUGAAAAAUACAUUGCAGAUUGACUUUAAUAUCAGUUAAUAUUUUUAAAGUAUUCCGCUCCUUUUCGUCUGACAUUAACAACAGAACAGAGAAGUUCAGUCCACUUGUCUUUUUUAGAUCAGAAUGUAUUGUCCAUUCUGUGGCUUCAAAUGGCGAGACUUGCCCAGAUUUUGCUGUUCAUGUGGGCGAAAUGUAGCAUUUGUAACGGAGAACACAGCUAAAACUGCGGGUGAUGACCAGGGGUCAUGUGAACCUCUGCCCAAAGUGACUGAUACUCGUGGCAUUCCAGCUACAGUGACUGAAACACGUACCAUUCCAGCUAAUUCAUCUGUUCUCCAGUUCAUGAAAUACAGACAACUAAAAGAAACUGAAAGGAGAACAUUCUCAAGAAGUAAAAAGAAAUUAAAGAAAACAGUGAGGAUUUCUGUUGGGGUCAUGAGUAAGAAAAGGAAUGAUUCAAGCCCAUAAGAGGGAAAAACCUGCCUUUAAAUGUUGAACCUGAGUGGUCCUCCGAGCAACUUUUGGCAGCUGCCAUUAAAAAACUAAAGGACUUCAAUCAAGACAUGGAAGAUGGAGAAUAUGUCUUGCUUUAUCCUGAUGGCUCUCAGAUAAAAAAUAUCCCUGGGACUGACACACCCUUUACCAUUGGUCAAUACAAAGAGGCUAUUGGAAAAGCUUAUCAAAGGAUCACAUUUUACAUCUGCACACUUAAGGCUUUUUUGUCAAAGAGUUAUGGAGAAGACUCGUUUUCAGAAGAUGAGGAUGAUGAAGUUGUUGUUAAUGUUCCACCCAAUAGGUCACCUCUUUCUGACACAGUGCUUUGGUCAAGUCCUGAAAGCAGUACACCAGAGCCUAGACAUUGGUCAACUGCAACUUCUGAGCCAUCAACAUCCCAGUCAUGUAAUGAGCAAGGGCUGUAUCCCAAAAGUGCAACAACAUCCCAACAGGCCAAGAGUACAACAAGACCCCAACAGGCAACCACCCCAGUGGAUCAUUUCACAUCAAGUGACUUUUACAAUACAUAUACCAACAUCUACGCACCUGUCAUUAUUGACAGCAGUUCAUCAGAUCUUGAAGAAGUAGAAAAAUGUCAAGAGAAAGACAGUGAUGGACAAGAUGGACUGACAGCUGCAGACAUAGUGUCAAAUCUGUCACAUAAGCUUAACACAACAUCCUGUAGCAGAUUUAACAUUAAUCGGGCCAAUGUCUGGGAUGGUGCCUUAAGAGGUUUCAGGCACUGCUCAUUUGAUCCCGCCUGCAGCAUGUUGGUGAAAUUUACAGAUGAUGCUGGCCUGAUGGAAGAGGCUUUGGACAGUGGUGGGCCGACUCGAGAAUUCUUAACUCUGUUGAUGGAUGCCAUCAAAACGAGAAGAGUGUUUGAAGGCAAAGACAAUGCCAAAUACCUCUCAUAUGAUAGUAAAGCUGCAGAAGACAAUGAAUAUUUCCACAUUGGGAGAAUGAUUGCAGUAUCCAUUGUCCAUGGAGGCCCAGGCCCUGCUUGUCUUUCCCCCAACUUUUUCCUUUACCUAAUUGGUAAAGUAAAGACAGUUGAUGCCCCAAUUGAGGAUAUACCUGAUCAAGAAGCUAUUGUCAAUUGGUAUGUAUUUUGUAGGUUCAAAGAGGGACUAGCAACACUCAAUGUUUUUAAUGCCUUGGAGCAGCAUCCUUCACUCUUCUUCUCAUUUAUGUGCUACACUGAGAGCAAGCUGACGGCUAAUGCUGUGGAGAACCUCUUCCACGUUCAGCUUAGUGAACCCGGAAGCACCAGCCGUCAGGAGGAGGCCAGAGUACUGAGCUACUGGCGAGAUUAUCUGCUUUACUUGGAAGAAAAAGAGGCUGGUCCUUCUUUGGAGGAUGUCCUUAUGUUUGGAACUGGGCUAAAGAAAGUUCCUCCUGCUGCAAUACAACCAAAGCCAGAGCUAGUUUUUCAGAAAAAUUCACGCUUUCCUGUGGCAAAUGUAUGCUCAAACAUAAUCAAAAUUCCAGUCUUACCCAGUUAUGAAGAGUUUCAAGAAGCCAUGGAUUAUGGCAUACAAAACUCCCCUGGGUUUGGUCUUCCUUGAAACCAGGGUUGAGAAAAAUUUUUUUUUUAUUCAAAUUUAAUUACUGCAAGUGUUCCACUGUUCUUUCCUGUUUUGGCAUUUCGGCAUCUUCAUAUAACUUAAGUUUUAACCUGCACUUGUCACUUUAACAUUUCAAGCUACUUAACAAAUACCACGCUCAGGUUAAAGAUUUUGGUUGUAUAUUGAUAUUCAAGACUGUAUACUGAUGAUGAAUAUACACUGGGAAGAUACAAUAUACAUUUAUUUUGACAUUUUUCCUGAUGGAUCAAGUAAAAUAAAGAUUGUGUUAUGGCAUAGAGCCUCAACAGUUCAAAAAUUUGCUGAUGUUCAAAAAAUAACACUGGUGUUAAACAAAUCCAGCGAAAAAUAAAGUGAAGUUAUAGUCUUCUUCUCUCUUCUUUUGUUAAUACACAAUUGUCUACCCUGUCUAGAUAAAUAGUGGAUGGGACAAUAUUUGGCCUGAUAUACAACUAUUUUAAAAUCUGUAAUCUGAUGGUGCAAAAAUAUCAAAAUAUUGAGAAGUUGCCUUUAAAGUUGUCCAA